GGGGCGAGGGCGAUGGCGGCGGCGGAGGGUGGCGGCGGCGGUGCGGGACGGCGACUGCCGCCGCACUCGCCCUCGGGCCUGGUGCUGCAGACGGUGGAGAUGCACACGGGCGGCGAGCCGCUGCGCAUCAUUCCGCGGCUGGAGGAGGCAGAGGAGGCAUCGUCGUCUGGGGCGAUGUCACUGCUGUCGCUACGGCGGGAGGUGGCAGCCACGCGGGACCACGUGCGGCGGGCACUGGUGCACGAGCCGCGGGGCCAUGCUGGCAUGUAUGGGGCUGUGGUGGUGGCCAGCGGGGCGGCCGCUGCCGGUGCCGACCUGGCGGCCCUCUUCCUGCAUGGCGCCGGCUACAGCACCAUGUGCGGCCAUGCCGUCCUGGCCCUCGGCCGCUUCGCCCUCGACUACGGGCUGGUGGCAGCCCCCAGCUGCCCUGAGACUGCCGUCCGCCUGCGCUGCCCCUGUGGGCCUGUCACUGCCUUCGUGCCCUGGGAUGGCCACCGCAGCGGCAACCCUGUCCGCUUCCACAGCGUGCCUGCCUUCACCGCUGCCACCGACUUGACCAUCAACGUCCCUGGUCAUGGGAAGGUGGUGGUUGACAUCGGCUAUGGUGGCACUUUCUACGCCUUCGUCAGCGCUGAGCAGCUGGGCCUUGAUGUCUGCUCUUCGAAGACCAGAGACCUUGUCAGUGCGGCCAGUGCGGUGACUAAAGCGGUGAAAAACCAGUUCAAGCUUCAUCACCCUGAAAGCGAAGACCUGGCUUUCCUCUACGGCACCAUACUGACCGAUGGGAAAGAUGCCUUCAGUGAGGAGCCCACCACCAACAUCUGCGUGUUUGCAGAUGAACAGGUUGACCGAAGUCCUACAGGUUCAGGUGUGACAGCUCGCAUCGCCUUGCAGUACCAUAAGGGACUCAUCCAGCUGAAUCAGACCAGAAGCUUUCGGAGCAGCACCACGGGGUCCUUGUUCACCGGGAAGGCAGUGAAGGAAGCCAAGUUUGGGGACUACAGUGCUGUCAUUGUGGAAGUCUCGGGAGAAGCCUUUUACACUGGUACAGCCACCUUCACUGUUGAAGAGGAGGACCCACUGAAAUACGGCUUCUUCUUCAAGACUAGGAACAAUGUGGCAGCCUACCUCUCGGUCCCGGGCCGCCAGCUGGAGUCCCGGAGCCGGGCUGACCGCAUCCGGGAGCGCUAUGUCAACCGGCACAGUGGACCCCCGGGCAGUGCCCCGUCUUCCUCCAGCCCGGCAAGCGGCGGAGAGGUGGCCAUGUGGGCCUGCAAGAACCCUGCUGUACUCUUCUGUCGGGAUGGGCAACCAGACACAAUCUCUGAGGCCGCAUUUCAGGCCAAGGCGGACACUGUCGACACCAGCCUCUGA